UUGACGACAGCGGAUAUUUGAUCGCAGCAAAAAUGGGUGGCAGGAAUCCUCUAAAUUUUCCUCCAUUCUUCGACAAAAGUGGAAACCACAAAUAUAAUAACCGUAAAUCUGUUCGUGCAUCGAAAAAGGCUCGCAAGGAAUUACAGGGACCAAAAAAGAUCCAUUUUCCAUGCUUCUUUGAGGAAAAUAGACGUACCAAAGAAUACGACAGAAAUGAAAAUGCGGCAAAAGAAAUAGAAACUUAUAAUAGAAUAACGCAGUUUUUCAUGGCCCGGCUAGCAGCUCAAGAAUUCAAAGCUCUCCUUGCGAUAGAGAAUGAGAUGAAGGAGGAAAAGAAAAAGGAAAGGGAAAUGAAGAAAGAGAGAAAAAAAGCAGACGAUACAAAGACACCCAAAUGUUUUGGUUUUAUCCGAAGAUGGUUCUCAAAGUCAAAGAAAAAGAAAAAGAGCGUGAGGUUUAGUGAAUCGGUGAUGAUAAAAACCUAUGACCCGCGAUCAACAACUGACAAUGACGGAAACGCCCACCAAAUACAAGUCGACGUGAAUGACGUCGACAUCCGCCUAUUUUAAAUUUUAUGCCGAAAGACUGCCACCUCCAAACAGUAGGCCUAUUCAAAUUUUGUCGGUCACGUGACAGAAA